AUUAUCUUGACAGUAAGCGACUGGAAGCCGCAGGUAGUACAAGAAGAAGACAUUCCAUCCAUCCGACUUGUGCGUACUAGUGAUAUUUCGUAAAGAAAAAUAACAAACAAUUGAAAAGUGUUAACAAAAGACUGACGAAAAGUUUAUACAAGCGCAGUAACAAUGCGGUUGAAGUGGAUAAUUUGUUACCUAGGAUUUUUACUGUUAAAUCUGGUCAUCCCCGGAGAGAGCGCAGGAGAUGGCGUAGACUAUGAAGCGAACACCUUAAGAAGUUUCUUCGGGACCAGAUUUGGUACCUACGGGAACCGACCACCCCCAAGACAUGACACGCCAUCUUCGCCAUGCUCCUGUUCUUGCGGAGAAAGAAACGAUGCUAAAAGAAUCGUCGGGGGCCAUGCAACGGCCAUGAAUGAGUUUCCGUGGAUGGUACGACUGUCGUAUUUCAACAGAUUUUACUGCGGAGGGAUGUUAAUCAAUGACCGAUACGUUUUAACGGCGGCUCACUGUGUUAAAGGAUUCAUGUGGUUCAUGAUAAAGGCCACUUUUGGAGAACACGACCGGUGCAGUGACACAAAAAGGCCCGAAUCGAGGUUCGUUUUGAGGGCUAUAACGGGGGCAUUCAGUUUUCUAAAUUUCGAUAACGACAUUGCCCUUUUGCGAUUAAACGACAGGGUGCCCAUCAUGGACACCAUCAAACCCAUCUGUCUUCCGACGAAAAAGGACGACUUGUAUAUCGGUACGAAAGCCAUAGCAACGGGUUGGGGAACUUUGAAAGAAGACGGGAAGCCGUCGUGUGUUCUUCAAGAAGUGGAGGUGCCCGUUAUAAGUAAUGAAGCCUGUCGAAAAAAUACCAGCUAUACGGCAAAAAUGAUCUCCGAUAACAUGCUUUGCGCCGGUUAUCCUGGCGUCGGAGGACGAGAUUCCUGUCAGGGGGAUAGUGGCGGUCCUUUAAUCGCGCAAAGAGCCGACAAAAAAUAUGAAUUAAUAGGGGUUGUAUCGUGGGGUAACGGAUGCGCCAGACCCAGUUACCCAGGGGUUUACACCAGGGUUACGAAAUAUCUCGAUUGGAUAUUACAAAAUUCUGCCGAUGGCUGCUUCUGCUCUAGUUAAUACAUAUGUUGUGAUAAAUAAUACAUAAAAUUAUAAGUAAAUUUAGCCACUAUAACGAUCGAAAUCUGUCCUUUUUAUGAUGCCAUGUACCUACAUACAUAAGUACUUGAAAACAAAAUAUUUUUUUC